AUGUUCACCAUUGCUGUGCUAGUAAUUGCAUAUUCGGCUGUCACUUUAUCUGAGUCGCAUGAAAGUAAUGGUUUAUUGAACGACUUGUCAGGAAGCUCAGAUGCUACAGGUUGCACUGCUUUGUUCGGCCACGAUUACAGACAGUGCCCAUAUUCUACGAAAACCAAUCUAAAAUGCAUACGGACUCUUGACAUUUGUAAUGGUGUAAUUGACUGUCCUGACGCAUCAGAUGAGAAUCCUUUCAUAUGCCGUUUUAAAUCAGUUUCAAAGUCUGGUCGCGUACGGAGAGGCAGAAAACUAGGAGCUGUGGAUAUUGCUACCGACGAACUAGAGUUGGACGAAGUAUGCCCGGAGAUCUUCGGACAAAAGCAGAGUACAUGUCCUGGUCAACCCAUUGACGAGUUUAUCAAAUGCAUACGGUGGACCGAUCUUUGUGACGGCAAGGUUGACUGUCCUGGAGGUCUUGAUGAGAUACCUUCUAAUUGUGUUCCUGAGGAGGAGUUCUAGAGAAAUGCUCACAACCUUCUAAUGAAGUAACAAUGUGGCGAUGCAGUCUGCCUGAGGAAACGGUUGAUAGCGAAGUUCCGUGCCUGAUCGCCUACUGUCAAGCUGCUUAGCAGUGAUGCUUUUGUAGAUAGCAAUGCUUACUGUGGUCAUUUACUUGAGAAGACUGAGUCUAAAACUUUCUUACCCCAGAAAAUGUUCAUUAAUUUCCACGUCUAUCGGAGUUUAAAUCUAAACAUUCUCUCCAUUUUGGUUCACAUGCUUCGGUGCCUGAUGAAACUGUGCAACAAAUUCGAUCUAAAGCGUUGCUGGAAUUACUGUUGUAGCUGUAAAAAGAACUUAGUUGGUCUGGAAUAAAAUUUAGUGAACUCAUUCAUAGGUUUUUAUC